CUCCUGUCUGUCUCUCAGUACCAGAUUGGCCAGCUGUACAUGAUCAGUAAGCACAGUCAUGAACAAAGUGAACGUGGGGAGGGGGUGGAGGUGGUCCAGAACGAGCCCUAUGAGGACCCUGAGCACGGAUCGGGCCAGUUCACCGAGAAACGAAUCUACCUCAACAACAAGCUGCCCAGCUGGGCCAGAGCAGUGGUCCCUAAAAUCUUCUAUGUCACAGAGAAGGCGUGGAACUAUUACCCCUACACUAUCACAGAGUACACGUGCUCCUUCCUGCCCAAGUUUUCCAUCCACAUAGAGACCAAAUAUGAGGACAACAAAGGGAGCAAUGAUAGUAUCUUUUGUAGCGAGCCCAGAGACGAGGAAACAGAGGUGUGUUUCGUGGACAUCGUCUAUGAUGAGAUCCCCGAGCGCCACUACAAGGAGUCCGAGGACCUGCAUUAUUUCAAGUCGAAGAAGACUAACCGAGGCCUCCUGCAGGAAGGGUGGAUCAACAACCAAGAACCCAUCAUGUGCUCCUACAAACUGGUCACAGUCAAGUUUGAAGUCUGGGGCCUGCAAACACGUGUGGAGCAGUUUGUACACAAGGUGAUUCGAGAAGUCCUGCUUUUGGGACACAGGCAGGCCUUUGCCUGGGUGGAUGAGUGGAUUGACAUGACCAUGGAGGAAGUCAGAGAGUACGAGCGUGCCACACAAGAAGCCACCAACCUGAAGAUCGGCACCUUCCCCCCUGCCAUCUCCAUCUCAGAGACCCCCCUGCCAUCCAGCGCCCGCAGUGGCCCCAGCAGCGCUCCGACCACUCCGCUCUCCACCGAAGCCCCAGAGUUCCUGUCGGUGCCGAAGGAGCGCCCCAGGAAGAAGUCCGCUCCGGAGACCUUGACCCUGCCGGAUCCGGGCCGGAGGGAUUCGCUCUUCAAGCUGCCCAGCUUCUUCUCCUGGAACUCCAGUCCGCAGCCGGAAUGA